UUCUUCUUGACUCUCUUUUUUAAUUAUUUUUUCCCCUUAGGAACUAAAUGCUCUCCUAUAAUAUGUGCUGCCUCAUUUCACACCAGUUCCCCUUCCUACGCCAAAGAAGAUUACUACCAGAUACUGGGAGUGCCUCGAAAUGCCACCCAGAAGGAGAUCAAGAAAGCCUAUUACCAGCUUGCCAAGAAAUACCAUCCCGACACAAAUAAGGAUGACCCUAAAGCAAAGGAGAAGUUCUCUCAGCUGGCAGAAGCCUAUGAGGUGUUAAGUGAUGAAGUGAAGCGAAAGCAAUAUGAUACUUAUGGUACUGCUGGCUUUGACACCGGCUCAGCAGGCGCUGGACGCCAGUACUGGGGCAGCGGGCCCACCAUUGACCCAGAGGAACUUUUCAGGAAAAUCUUUGGGGAAUUUUCAGGAUCCUCUUUUGGAGACUUUCAGAGUGUCUUUGACCAGCCACAGGAGUACGUCAUGGAGUUGACAUUCAAUCAAGCUGCAAAAGGUGUGAACAAGGAGAUCGUGGUGAAUAUCAAUGACGCUUGUCAGCGGUGUGAUGGCAAGGGGCAUGAGCCGGGGACCAAGGUGCAGCACUGUCACUACUGCAAUGGCACUGGGAUGGAGACAAUAAAUACAGGGCCUUUUGUGAUGCGUUCUACAUGCCGGCGAUGUGGAGGUCGCGGUUCUGUCAUGACCACACCAUGUGCGUUGUGUCGCGGCUCUGGGCAAACCAAACAGAAGAAGAAUGUGAUGGUCCCUGUACCAGCAGGUGUGGAGGAUGGACAGACUGUUCGCAUGCCCGUAGGAAAAAAAGAAAUUUUCAUUACGUUCAGGGUUCAGAAAAGUCCUGUGUUCAGACGAGAUGGAGCAGAUAUACACUCAGACCUCUUUAUCUCGAUAGCACAGGCAGUGCUUGGAGGUACAGCCAGAACUCAGGGUCUGUAUGAGACCAUCAAUAUCAUGAUACCGCCAGGUAUUCAAGCAGACCAGAGGAUACGAAUGAGUGGGAAAGGCAUUUCCCGGGUUAACAGUUAUGGUUAUGGAGACCACUACAUUCAUAUAAAGAUCAGGAUUCCGAAGAGGCUGACAGAUCGCCAGCGAGCCCUAAUGUUGAGCUAUGCUGAGGAUGAGACGGACGUGGAAGGGACAGUGAAUGGAGUCACAAAUACAUCUGCUGGAAAACGCUCUACUGGCAACUAGACAGUGGGAAGCAGCAGUAGAUCAUUCCUGCAGCCGGGGGGAGUCGUUCUGUCGUCUGGCCAUGGGCCUUGGAAGUGAAAGGAUGUCCCUUGGCAGCACGCUCACUGCCCGCCGGCAACACCACGAACUACAAGAGGCACCAACAAUCACCAGAUCAUGAGGAACUAGCCACCUUAGGAAAUGUCACCCGGGCAUCUGUACGGGGUCUAGGAUUCCGCAUGCUGGGAGCUCAUUUGGAUCCUCCUUGUGUUAUAAUUCAGAGCCAAAUGUGGACGCUUUAAUGGUAAAAUGAAAAUGUUUCCAGUGGCAAACGGAGUCGUUUGCUUUACGGAGCUUUCAGCGAGGUGGCUUCGCGCGCCGCUCGACAAGUCCGUCCGCUCGGUCACCCUUCCUCAGUACGAGAUCUGCUUGGUGCAUCCUUUCCUGGAAGGCUUGGCCUGUCUGCGGAAUGACCCCACCAGCUGGGAAGAGGCCCUGGUUCUAGACUCCUGUGAUAGACUUAGAGGGAUCUCCCGUCUGCUGAGAGUGAAUUACAGGGAAGGAGCGUAAUUGCCCAUAGUCCCCCACAAGGUGUGAGGGUGGGCGUGGCUUUCCUUGUCCUGUUAGCCGCUCCUACAGCCUGCGCUGGUUAGAAUCAGCACUUCCCUUCCUCGCCAAGGCUAGCGCGGUGGCAAAACAAGGCAGCGUUGCCAUUUAACCCAGUGCCCAGGGCGCUCUCACCAGCUCUUAGGAAAUGCACCCAGGCUGCCAGUUACGUUACAGCCCAGCCCUGCUAGUCUCCAGAGAACGGGCCUUCUGGGGGGAUGUUCCAAGCAAAUGUACUGACCAGCCCGUAGGAAUCAUUGUUUCAGUCUAGCCGGCUAAGAAUGCACAUGGAUUGGUCUGCACUCCACAGCUGGAAUUAGGCACCAGUGGAGAGUGUUUCCAUGGUUACUGCAACCUGCCUUUUAGUUGAAUACUUACAACUGCCCGCAGCCCCCACCCCUCUGGGCACUGACCAGCUGGACAGGAUUUGACACAGCACCUCCCUCCUUGCAGUUCUG